UAGGUGCUCCUCUAGUCGCCUUUGAAUUGUUAUGAGUGUGCAAAUUGCAGGAGCUACUAAUCAAGGAAGACGACACAGGAGUUGGAUGAUGCAGUACUUAGGAGAUUGGUGAAGAGAAAAUAUGUACCACUAGGGGUUUCGAACGUCAGAACGCUACUUUUUUAAAACUAAACUGAAGUGCCAGCCUCACGCUUUAUCCAGCGACGAGAUUGAAAAAAAUCGUCAGAGAAACCGAAGGCAAGCUCCAUAGAUUUUGUACAAGUAACAAAGAUUAAUUAUUGGUAAACGUGUUACAGUUUCGAGUCAAGCUAAGAAACAGAACAAAUGGGAAGAGCAUGAACGUUGGAACUCAGAAUUUGGCUCCAAUUUAAAAUUUCUAUUUGAGGUAUGGUGUAAAGCUAAGAAACAACAGAGCAAAAACAAAACAGUCGAAAAUGUUUCAACUCUUUAAAGAAGAAAACUGAUAUUUAGAUGGGUAAUGUGAUUGUGGCGUGGGAGUAUUACUAAUACUCCGUCUAAGGUCAAGCACACAGCACACAGCACACAGCCCUCUCUGGUAGUUAUGGAAUCAGAGAAAGUGUUAAGGGUAAAAUCGUCAUUUCGUAAGCAGGUGAGGCAGACUUACGAAACGGUCUUUGUAGUGAAGAGAAGAAUUUUGAAAUUCAAAAUUAGUUUCUCCGCUCUUCAUCUCUUUCUCUCUCUCUCGCCGUCGUCUGAGUUGGAAUAAAAAAUGAGUAAGAAAUCGACAGAAUCUGACGGUGACGAUAGUGAGAAGCCAUGGACCCUGGCGGAUUUCGAGAUCGGGAGACCACUGGGAAAGGGUAAAUUUGGCAGAGUCUAUCUCGCUCGAGAAGUUAAGAGUAAGUUCAUAGUGGCGCUGAAAGUGAUAUUCAAGGAGCAGAUCGAGAAGUAUAAAAUUCAUCAUCAGCUUCGGAGGGAGAUGGAGAUCCAAACGAGUCUAAGCCACCCGAACAUUCUGGGUCUUUACGGCUGGUUCCAUGACGAUGAGCGCAUUUUCUUGAUUCUCGAGUAUGCUCAUGGCGGUGAGCUCUAUGGCCUCCUCAAAAAGAAUGGUCAUCUCUCUGAAAAGCAAGCCGCCACUUACAUUGCAAGUCUCAGUCAGGCACUAGCCUAUUGCCAUGGAAAAUGUGUGAUUCACAGAGACAUCAAACCUGAAAACUUGUUGCUCGAUCAUGAGGGGAGAUUGAAAAUUGCUGACUUUGGGUGGUCAGUUCAGUCAAGUAACAAGAGGAAAACAAUGUGUGGAACCUUAGACUACUUGGCACCUGAGAUGGUCGAGAAUAGAGAUCACGAUUACGCUGUUGAUAACUGGACGUUAGGUGUAUUGUGUUACGAAUUUCUCUAUGGCCAUCCUCCAUUUGAAGCCGAGAGUCAAAAGGAUACAUUCAAGAGAAUUCUCAAGAUCGAUCUGACUUUUCCUACUGCGCCUAAUGUUUCAGCGGAAGCCAAAAAUCUUAUCAGUCAGCUUCUCGUUAAGGAUCCCUCGAAACGACUCUCCAUUGAUAAGAUCAUGCAACAUCCGUGGAUCGUCAAGAACGCUGAUCCUAAAGGUGUGUGCCUCAGUUGAUGCUAUUCUCCCAAUCUCAGGUCAAAGUAGCUUUAUAUGUAAUCGAAAUAAUGUCUUAACAAGUUCAGAGAAAGUGCAUUCCACCAUGUUAUAUAAUAUAUA